AUGGCUUGCCAUCCGAGUAAACAGCAGUCCGAUUGGGAGGAAUGGUUGCGGCGACUGACCGCGGCAGCACGGGUGGCGGAACGGGAAGAGGGGCUGCGGCGAGUCAGCGAGGCAGCAAGGGUGGCGGAGUGGGAAGAGUGGCUGCGGCGAGUAAGUGCAGCUGCAAGGGUGGCGGAAUGGGAAGGGUGGCUACGGCAAGUGAGCGCAACUGUCCCAAAUCCAACAGCCAACGAGCCGGAAAUGGACGGGGAGGAAUGGUCGCCUGGAGCAAAUGCGGCAAGGGCAGCGGAAUGGGAAGAGUGGCUGCGGCGAGCAAGCGCAGCAGCAAGGGCGGCAGAAACUGCUCCACUGAAGGCAACUGCUAAUGAGCCGGAAAUGGAUUGGGAGGAGUGGCUGCGGCGCGUCAGCGCAACAGCCGCCCGCGAUCAGGAAACGGACUGGGGCGACGAGUGUAGCGACGAGUGGCUGCUACGAUUCACGGAUACAUUCCAUGCACCCCCAGCGAAGGCAAGAGCUGCACUGAAGGCAGCUGCUAGCGACCCGGAAAUGGACUGGGAGCAGUGCAUUUUGGAACAGAACAGACAGGCGGGUGAAGCCAGAAGGGAACGUCGCCAGGCGCUGUCGGCCGCAGGCGAUGCGCCGAUAGACGUCCACGAGGCCCCGGGCCCGGAUCGCAAGCGGGCGUCGGCGUGCGAGCAGGAGCCGCACCGCUCGAAGGCCCAAGAGAGGCGGCUGCGUGUGCGUGCCAGCCGCGUUGCGAAGACCGAACACCGCAGCCGCGCUGCAGAAGCGCAGGCCACGCAGCAGUUCCUGAAGCAGACUGCUGCGGGCUUCGUGGAGCGGCCCGAGCUUUCUUACGAGCCGGAGCCGCGCGGUGUGCCCAAGGAACCGAGGAAAAAGGCAGGCAAGGCUUUUGCGGCGCCAAACAAAGUUGCUGAGGACUUGCUGCGCUCACUCUGGGAUGCCAAACUCAAGCAUCCGGCUCCAUCAGACUGCUGA